GACAGCAGUUUGACCUGACUGUCAUCUCCUUAGUAUUUCAUCAGAAUGGAUGCUUUUCCAAACUUCGUUGCUCCAGCGGGUGGGCAUGGUGAUCUUGUUAAUGCACAAGCAGAAUUGCAAAAACUAUUAAUUGAUGAAAGAAUGCGAUGUGAGCAUCAUAAAAUCAAUUACCAAACUCUAAAGGAAGAACAUACAAGGCUGCAGAAUGAAUAUAUAAGAUCACAAAAUGACCUCAAGCAGCUGCUACAUGAAAAGCAAACUGUUCACGACAAAUUUCAGGUUCUGCUUGCUGAAUUCCGAGAGGAAUUAUUGGAUAAAACCAGAGAAGUAGAGGAAUUAAAGACGCAGGUAAUAACUCCACAAAAACUAGAAUUACUAAGAGCACAAAUACAGCAUGAUUUAGAAACACCUAUCAGAGAACGCUUUCGGAAGCUGGAUGAGGAAGUAGAAAAAUAUAGAACAGAAUAUAACAAACUUCGUUAUGAACAUACUUUUCUCAAAUCAGAAUUUGAACAUCAGAAAGAAGAGCAUGCCCGCAUUUUAGAAGAAAAAAGUUUAAAAUAUGAAUCUGAGGUAGCAAGACUGGAGAAAGAUAAAGAAGACUUGCAUAACCAGCUUCUUAGUGUUGAUCCUUCAAGAGACAACAAACGAGUGGAAGCACUGCUAAGAGAAAAGGUCCAGCUAGUCCAGAAAUUAAAGGGAUUAGAAGCUGAAGCAACAGAACUCAGAGCCCAGAGAGAAAAUUCUGGUAUGCAAGCGGAAAAUGUACAAAGGAUACAAGUACGUCAGUUAGCGGAGAUGCAGGCUGCAGUGAGAUCCUUGGAGGCAGAGAAACAGUCGGUUAAACUGCAGCUAGAACGUGUUGAAAAAGAACUGCUGCUGAGUAAUGAGCAAAAUACAGUCUUAACCAGCAAACUGCAUAAAGCAGAACGGGAGAUCAGUGCUUUGACUACUAAAGCUGAAGAAGUUAAGCAUUCAAACAAGUUAGAAAUAACAAACAUCAAGCUGGAAGCUGCACGAGCCAGGAGUGAGAUAGAAAGAGAAAGAAACAAGCUUCAGACUGAAAUAGAUGAGUUACGCUCAGAUAAUGAAAUACUGAAGACAACGUUAGAGCGGCACAAAGUGCUUUUAAUGGAAAAGGAUCGCGAGUUAGUACGAAAAGUACAAGCUGCAAAGGAAGAAGGCUUCCAGAAGCUUGCAGUAUUCCAGGAGGAAAAACUAGAACUUGAAACCAAAUUGGCAGAAAUGGAGAAAAACAAAAUGGAGCAAGACUCUGAGAGACAACUGGAAAAGGAUCAAUAUGAAAAGAAAAUAUCAGCUCUGCAGUUGACAGAAGAGUCCAACAGAAGGGAAAUUCAGAACCUUAGGCAAAAGCUUCAACAGCAAGUUAUUAAUUCUGAAGAGCUAGAAAAAGAGAGAAGCGACAAUGCUAAUCUCAAGCAGCACAUCCAAGAUUUGCAGCUCCGUGUGGCUUCACUUUCGCAGUCAGAGAAUGACUUGCUGGAUUCCAAUCAGAAACUCAAGGACAUGCUGGAAAGAUUAAAAAAUGAAUGUCAAAAUGCAAGAAGUCAAGCAGAGAGGGCUCAGUUAGACGCAGAGAGGAAUUUGGAAAACAAACGUGUGGAAUGGUUGGAAGAGAAACAUAAACUCAUUCAGCGCAUCACAAAGGCAGAAGAAACAUAUGACCAGAUGAAAGAGAAAUUACACCGAGCUGCAGUUGCUCAGAAAAAGAGAAAGACACUUAAUGACAAUAAACGAAAGAAACUGCUGGAGAAGAUAGAGCUCUUAGAAGCCAAGAAAGAAGAACUGGAAAUUGAAAAACAGGUGUUAAAUAGACAGAAUGUUCCUUUUGAAGAACACAUUCACCUUCAGAAAAGACUAAAAGAUUUACAGCGCAGACAUAAUGAAUUUCGCCAGUUAAUUCUGUUUCCAAACAUCUCAACCCUGAAUCCCAUCAGUUUAUUCUCGUCAACCAUUGCUCCUGGACCUGAGGAGGAACAGCAUCAAACAGAACUUUCCCUGCUUCGUAAACGUCUGGAAGAUCUGGAAACCACACAGAGAAAACAGUUGCAAGCACUUGGUGCCUCUACCGAACGAGUUAGAUCAGUAGCAAGUUUGGACUCUUAACAGUGAUAGAAAUAAGCAUGUUGAAGAGGAUGAUUUACUAGCUGGGGACCUUAAAUAUGCUCCAAAACUAAACUAUUAAGCAUUAGAUACACAUUAUC